UUUUGUGGUUGAAAACAUAUAGCAUUCUUAUUUCGAAACAAAAUAAUCUCAAUAUGAAAUUCGUUAUUGUUCUUGCUGCUUUGGUUGCUGUCUGCUCAGGAGCAGCUAUUCCAUCAGGUGAUUUGGAAGCAACAGUCCUUCGUGAUAAUCGUCACAAUGAUGGAAUCAAUGGCUACGAAUUUGGAUAUGAGACCAGCAACGGAAUUACACGACAAGAAAAUGGAGUCUUGAAGCCAGUUGGAGAAACUGCUGUUAUUAUUGUGUCUGGUGAUGCUUCCUGGGUUGCACCAGAUGGUACUCCAGUGUCUCUAAAAUUCACCGCUGACGAAAAUGGAUACCAUCCAGUUGUUUAAGCUCAACACCAGUAUUGUGAUUAAAAUCAAUCUUUUAAAAUUGUAUUAAAUAAAAAGUACUAUAAAUUGCUAUGUG